UCGACUUGGCUUCCUGUCUAAUUUCUCCAAGAUAAGGAGGCUGCAAAGCUCAGAAUCCUCAGAACUCGACCUGCCCUGAUAGCGUCUGAGCCACCAUGGGAACCCGAGGUGACGUGUAUCCAUUGGGGCUCUGCAUCGCCCUGUGCCUGGGGGGCACCAUGGCCCUGAAUCAUGGCGUACAAGGUACCACUGAGGACUGCAACAGCCAUGUGCUGUGCCCAGCAAAUGCCAAGUGUGUGAACAACACCCACUGCACCUGCCUGGAUGGAUACCAGACACAUGGGAAUCGCUUCUUCACCGACCCAACGGAGAUCUGUGACGAUAUUAACGAGUGUCUGGGGCCGAGCCCACCAGACUGCGGAUGCAACACACAAUGCACCAACGCGCCUGGGAGUUACCACUGCACCUGUAUGUAUGGCUACGAGCUGAGCUCUGGGAAGGCCAACUUCAUGCACGCGAGUGAGAACACCUGCCAGGAUAUUGACGAGUGUCAGGGCCCGAACCCGGCAGACUGUGGACCCCACGCAAACUGCAUCAAUGUGCCUGGGAGUUACUCCUGCAGCUGCAUCGAUGGCUACGAGCCCAGCUCUGGGAAAGCCAAUUUCAUGCACACGAGUGAGAACACCUGCCAGGACAUCGACGAAUGCCGCAAGACCCCAGGUAUCUGCAGCCCCAAGCCCACGUGUAUCAACACCUACGGAAGCUACUGGUGUGAGUGCCGGGCCGGCUACGUCCCCUCCACCAGGAGCUCAGCCAUGUGCGAAGCCCCCAGCAUUAACUCCAGCGCUGAGUUCGAGGGAAUCAAAGAGAUGUGGAGGAAUUUCUCUCUGCAGAACGUGACUCUCCAUUUCAAUGCCGUCCUGAACAGCACCUCCCUCUGGGAUGGCGGAGACAAGGGGGACGUGGGGUCAGCCGUGACGGUCCUACUGCAGAGCGUAGAACUGGCCUCACUGGCCACUGCGCUCCGGUCUGCAGAGAGGACAACACAGAACAUGACGACAGAGUCUAUGGCUGUCGAGACGCGGCUCGUCACAGGGAACUGCAGCCGGGACAGUGAGGUCUUCACACUGAGAGCUCACGAGGAGAUGAUGGACGUGCACUGUGAUACAGUCACCGGGGCAGCCACACGAGGUUUGGGGUCUCCUGCUUUUAUUUCCUACUCCACCCUGGACUCCAUCAUCAGUGCGAGACGUCUCAGCGAGGGAAAUCUACCGGCUGGUGGGAAGCUGGAGAAGAGUCAUCUCAACUCCAGGGUGGUGAGUGGGGCCGUCGGAGACGGGAGACCCAUUAACCUCUCCAGACCCGCAAACUUCACCCUGCGCCACAGACAGACCAAAAAAGAGGAGGAAGAGGCUCUCUGUGUCUACUGGAAAGUAGAGGCUGAGAAGGGCAGCUGGUCUCCGGACGGCUGCACCGCCGUGCACAUGAACAGCACUCACACCAACUGCAGCUGUGACCAUCUCUCCAGCUUCGCUGUCCUAAUGGCUCCCACCACAGUGACGGAGAGUUACCCACUGACCAUCAUCACAUACGUGGGACUGACCCUCUCCCUGCUGUGCCUCUUCCUCGCCAUCCUCACCUUCCUCCUGUGCCGCUUCAUCCGCAACGUCAGCACCUCCCUCCAUCUGCAGCUCUGCCUCUGCCUCUUCCUGGCCGACCUGCUCUUCCUCACCACGGUGACUCCCACCGGCAGUCAGGUGGCGUGUGCUGUCAUUGCUGGGCUCCUACACUACCUCUUCCUGGCCUGCUUCUCCUGGAUGUUCCUGGAGGGGCUGCACCUCUUCCUCACUGUCAGGAACCUGAAGGUCGUGAAUUACACCAGCGCCAGCCUCAAGAAGAGAUUCAUGUACCCGUUCGGCUACGGAUUCCCAGCCCUGGUGGUGGCUAUUUCUGCAGCGGUGAAUCCUGACGGCUACGGAACUUCCAAACACUGCUGGCUCAGCCUGGAGAGAGGCUUUCGUUGGAGCUUCCUGGGUCCAGUCUGUGCCAUAAUCCUGAUAAAUAUAACGUUCUUUGCCCUGACCCUGUGGAUCCUGAGAAACAGUCUCUCCUCCCUCAAUGCAGAUGUGUCCACCCUCAGAGACCACAGGUUACUGACCUUUAAAGCCAUCGCCCAGCUCUUCAUUCUGGGCUGCACAUGGAGCCUUGGUCUCCUCCAAGUCGGCCCAGCAGCCACGGUCAUGGCGUAUUUAUUCACCAUCGUCAACAGCCUGCAGGGAGCCUUCAUCUUCCUGGUGCACUGUCUCCUCAAUCGCCAGGUGAGAGAGGAGUACAGGAGAUGGAUCAAGGGAUUCCGAAUGUUCUGCACGAAAUCUCAGACAUACGAUCUAUCCAUGUCUGCUGUCCCCGCCACCAGCACCAAGACGGUGGAGUUUGCAGCUACCAGGGUCAGGUUCAAUACGUAGGGGUUCCAAAACAAAACCAAACCGGCUGGAGCCCCCUGUGACAUUGCACUCCAUAUGCUUUAUGGAAAUAUGCUUAUGAAUAUGACAUAACUGGAAUAUACUUUACGCUAAAUCCCCCUUGCAUGGUGUCUUUAGAAAGCUUAUCAUCUGCUAAGUGUGUUCAUCCUAUUUGUUUGCAUGUGUUAUUUCUGUAUCUGGAGUUAGGAGAAUAAGAUAUAAACUUGUAUCACUGAUGAAAAAAAUAUUAAGUGGAGGCCAUUAAGGGUGCUCCAAAACCAAUCAGUUGUGAAUGGCCUUAAUUACUUGAAAGCCUCCCUGUGUACCUGUGGGCCAGCCCAUGGGGAAUGGAGAUUAGGGGUCUUACAGUGACUUGUGGCCAUGUCACCUGAUAACAAAAUCCAUCUUAAAUCAUGUAUUUUCCAUUUAGAAGGAGGGAUGAAGGACCCAGAGAGACAAAGUCUGCAGCUCUGGGGGAACGGUCUAGACCCUGGCUCUGUGUUGCAGCAGGCUAGCGUGUCUGUCUCAACGAGGCAGGGUUCUGGAGUCCCAAGCUGGCAGAUAAAACAUGCUCAAAGGUAAUGUCAGCACAUCAGGUGACAGUCCCAAGGGGAUCUCUGUGACCGAACCCGUCACACCCCCACCCAAUAAUCUGGGAAAAUUUCAGACCACCCCAGGUGCCUCUAAGAGGCAAUAAAUCCCCUCUCACAAGCACUGAGUCUGUGUAAAAAGGGGAAAGAAAUCUGGCAGUAAUCUGGGAAUCCCCACAACCACAAUUUGAAAGCUUGUGACCAUGAGUAAGGCAAAGAUAUUUUUAAUAAAAAUCACGGCCAGACGUGGGCAAUAAACAACAAUUCACGGAAGCCUGUGACCUGUCCUGACUUUCACUAAAAAUAUACUGACAAAAAGGGGAGGCAGGUUCAGCUCAGUGCCCACUGCUGCUGGAGCUCCGGGGUCCCCCACCACUGCUGCCCCACUUCGAAGUCCCCUGCUCCUCACGGCAGCUGAGCAGUUGUGGGGGAUCCCACCCCCUGCGGCAGCAGGGAGCUCCAGUUCCCCAUCACCUGCGGCAAGUUGGAGGUCUAGGGUCCCCCACUGCCCACCAGGGGCUGGGCUGCCGCAGGGUCCCCUCACCCUCCACAGUAGCUGAGAGCUCCAGGGGGAUCCCCCGCCUUCCCACUGUGGCUGGGCAACUACAGAGGGUCCCCCACCACCAGCCACAGGGGAGCCAGUGACACUUGGUGGUGGAGACGGCCUUCCCCAUCCACGCCACCAUGCCCCACGCUGCCCCCUUCCACAGCAUCAAGAAGAUAAGCAAUGCGGCCGAGCCCCUCGGGGAGCAGCGCAAGCAUCCAGGGGGUGGCCCUGUGGCCUUCCUCCCCCAUCAGGCUAUGGAGCUCCCCGCCCCUGUUCAGUUCUAGGGUGGGCAUUAUUGAGGGAUAGACCUAAUUGGAGGGGUAAGGCCUCAUAUUCGUGACCUCCAUGAUAUAAUCAUAGCCGUAUCCAUGAGCAAACUCCUACCCCAGAAUAUAUUGGGCAGUGUCCUUUGCCUCAGUUUCUCCCCUUGUGCUGUGACUCACUCACUCACUCACUCACUCAUGCCCGUCACCCCAAUCGGGGUAUGGGCCGCCAACCACAGAUCUCCAGAGUCCUCUAUCCUGGGCCAUUUGCUCUAACUCGCUUUGCCCUUUCCUUCCCCUGCACCCCACUCACAGUUGCUGUCCUUGGUCGGCGAAGGCCCAGAGUUCAGAGCAUUCAUGUGAAUUCAACUCCCGCCAGUGGGGUGGGAGCUGGGGAGAUGGCAUCAGGAAAUGCCUCGGCCGCUGCUGCCACCACCAUGUAUACAACUGAGAUCUGGUCUGACCUACAGACCUCGAUCGGUAUAACUACGUCGCUCAGUAAAUCCACACACCCCCACCCUCUGUUGGACAUAGUUAUACCAACCCGA